CUGAUACUUCACAUUCGUCCUCGAAUUCACCUCAAUCAUCAUGUUCUCCCUCAAGACCGUCGCCCUCUACUUCCUCGUCAUCAUGUCUGUCUUCGUCGUUUACACUUCCGCUGCUUGCGCUGAUGCUGAAGAUGGUCACUGUGCCGUCUUCGCCGAGCUCUGCGACAACGCCGACUUCGCCGCCUACACCUCCAAGUGCCCAAAGACUUGCGGAAAGUGCUAAACGUCUUCUCCACUCUUCUCUAAAAACCUUCAUAUCUUCCAUUACUAAUAGGUAGCUCCCAAAUCCGGUUGUAGCACCUGUUUUAAUUCUCCAAUUUCCCAUUGAAACAUUCCAUGUAUUGUACUAGUCACACAGUCACUUCGCUAUUUCUCUCCCACAUCUUUCAAAUGCUGAUUUUCAUUGUAGACUGGUCAUUUAUAAUGUUAAUCAUUUAAGCAUUUGAUUGUUCUCACCUCCACCAUCUUCCAUCACCAACCUAAUAUUCAUGUUGUCAUCGUCGUCAACCAUUUCUUCAUCAUCGUUUGUGUGUUUGUCUUGUUUUGAGUUUGUCAAAGAAAUAUAUAUUAACCGACAAAAA